GGACCAUUCUGCCUCUGCGACGUAUUUCUGCACGGCGCAGGCAGGGAGGGAGGAGUGGAUCCCCCACCAGCGGGUGCCCCGGGGGCAGAAGGAGUUUUAUUUCCGAAACAAGCAGGUCCAUCAGCGGGCGGAGGAGUGCGUGCGAGCGCUGCGGCUCUUCCAGGACAUCGCCAGCGGUGGGACCGUCCCCAACCUCCUGCCCCAGGACUUCGACCUCGCCGUGCUGAAGGACAACGUUGACCUGACCAAGGUCGCCGUCAUGGGCCACUCCUUCGGCGGGGUGACAGCAGUGCUGGCCUUGGUGAAAGAGCCCAGCUUCAGGUGUGCGGUGGCUCUCGACGCCUGGAUGUUCCCCCUGGAGAACGUGCUGUACCCAGAGGUGCCCAAGCCUGUGCUCUUCAUCAACACUGAGAAGUUCCAGACUCCGGAAAGCGUUGCCAAAAUGAAGAGACUGAGCUCCAGAAACAGCCAGACGAAGAUUAUAACCAUCCUGGGCUCCGUGCACCUGAGCCAGACCGACUUCACCUUUCUCACUGGGAAGCUCAUGAGCCGCCUCUUCAGCACGAGGGGAACCCUGGACCCCUACAAGGGUCUGGACAUCACCAGCCGUGCAGCUCUGGCCUUCCUGCAGAGGCACCUCAGCCUGGACGAGGGGUUUGAUCAGUGGGACCAGCUCCUGGAGGGCAUCGGAGACUCGGUUGUUCCAGAAGCGCCGUUCAGCCGCCCCAGCCUGUAG